AUUUAUCCUCAUGUUGAGUUUGAAGUAAUGAUCGUGAAACUGUGUGAAUACUGUACUUGGUAAUGCUGCUGUGAAGUAUCAUCAUGCCUCCUAAGAAAAAAGCUCCUGAAACAAGCAAAAAAGCGGAUUUAAAAAAGAAGGAAAAAAUAAUUGAAGAUAAAACAUUUGGAUUAAAAAACAAAAAAGGUGCAAAAACUCAAAAGUUCAUUCAACAAGUACAGCACCAAGUUAAAGUUGGAAAUCAGAGUGCUAGAAAGGCUGAAUUAUUAAAAGGCCCUGAAAAAAAGAAAGAUGAGAAAAAAAAGGAAAUAGAUGAGUUGAAAACUUUAUUUAGACCUGUCACCCAGCAGAAAGUGGAGAAGGGUGCGGAUCCGAAGUCAGUACUAUGUGCAUUUUACAAGCAAGGCCAGUGUACAAAAGGUGACAAAUGCAAGUUUUCUCAUGAUCUUAGCAUAGAAAGGAAGAGUGAGAAACGGAAUGUGUAUGUUGACAUGAGGGACAAUGAAGAGGAUUUAAUGGAAAAUUGGGAUGAAGCAAAAUUAAAAGAGGUGGUAGAGAAAAAGCAUGGUGAAACUGAUCGUAAAAUGCCUAAAACAGAUAUAAUCUGCAAAUAUUUCCUGGAUGCUUUAGAAAAUAACAAAUAUGGUUGGUUCUGGGAAUGCCCAAAUGGAGCUAAUAAAUGCCACUACAGGCAUGCCUUACCACCUGGUUUUGUUUUAAAAAAAGAUAAAAAGAAGGAAGAAAAGUCUGAGCAAAUAUCUAUUGAAGAUUUAGUAGAAAAACAGAGAGCUCAAUUAGGUACCAAUUUAACUCGAAUUACAUAUGAAACAUUUCAACUGUGGAAAAAGAAAAAGCUAAAAGAAAAGCAAGAGAAGAAUAGAAAGGAGGAAGAUAGGAAAAGAGCUGAGUUUAAAGCUGGUCGUCAUGUUGGGCUUAGUGGACGAGAUAUGUUUACAUUUAAUCCUGAUAUGGCUACUGAUGAUCAGACAGAAGAAGGAGAAGCUGCAUUUGAUAUGAAAACUAGGGAAGAAGAAGAAAAUGUUCCAUGCUUAGAAAUAUCAUCUGAAUUUUUGAAUACUGAAUUAAAAGGUGUAGAUGGUGGAACUGUUGCAUCGGUUAGACAUUGGGAAAAUACUCAAGCUGAAACAACUGAACCAGCUGCAGUUGGAGGAGCUGAUGAUGAAGAAGAAAUUAAGGAUGCGGUCCCUAUAGAUGAAAAUUUAUUUGAAUAA